CGGGUUCUAUGGGCUUUAAGGCCCGUGGCUUAGGGAGUGCCUUCUCGGCUGGUUGGCAUUUAAUCCCCAUUUAUGGGAUUUGGGUGCUGCUUGAAAUUUCUCGGAAUAAUUAUAGGACACACACCCUUUUCUUUCCACACAACACUACUGUUUUAGGCUCAUGUGCGGCCGAUUCGCGUGUUCACUAUGCCCCGAUGCACUGAGAAAUAAAGUCAAGGAGAGCAAUGUUCAAGUGAGCGAUCAGUGGCUGGCAGAAGAUAAGUUUUAUUCAAGCUUCAACGUCGGACCACGCAAGAACAUUCCCGUGGUACGACGACGAUCGUCAGAGCACGAUCAAAGUGAGAUCGUUAUGCAAACUAUGCGUUGGGGUUAUAUACCAUGCUGGGCAAAGCAAUAUCCUGAACGUCAGCCGAUCAAUGCGCGCGACGAUACAUUAUCAGAAGGGCAGUCUAUGUUUGACCGCGGAAAGAAUAAGGGUCGCUGUAUUGUGGUCGCAGAAGGAUUCUAUGAAUGGAAGCAGCUAGCCAGCGGCAAGAAAAUACCACAUUAUACAAAGCGCAAAGAUGGAAAAUUGAUGCUAUUUGCUGGGCUUUAUGAUGUGUCUCAUCUCGAAGGCAAUGAUGGACAGCCCUUAUAUACCUGUACCAUCAUCACCACAUCGGCGUCGUCAUUUUUUGAAUUCUUGCAUGAUCGUAUGCCUGUCAUAUUGGAGAACGGUUCGCCAGAUGUUGCUACGUGGUUAUCGGAUGAGCCCUGGAGCAAGAAACAUGUACAGCUUAUGCGACCUUUUGAAGGAAAGUUAGACUGCUAUCAAGUAACGGACGCUGUGGGAUCAACCAAGAACAAUUCGCCUGAUUUCGUGGUACCUGUUGAUCAGCUCAAAGGAUCGAUUUCGAAUUUCUUCAAGAAAACACCACAGCAACCAACAGUGGCAGGACUUAAACGGGAGCACAGCGACGAUCCUGAUGAGAAGUUAGUAGUGGAAUCCAAAAAAAGAGACACGAAGAGUAGUGACACAAAGAAAGAAAAACAAGAGGAUAAUGGCAAGAGCAAGAAAAAGAUUACGAGUUUCUUCAAGGAGAAAAAGUGAUUAGUUUGGGUUAUUCUGUAGUGUGAAUGUAUCUUUUAUUACAUAAAG